CGGAAGUCAAGGCGGAAGCUGGCCGACAGCUCUCAGGAAAUCGGUUAGGAAUCCCAAAUGGGUUUUUUCACGCCAUAAAUCCUCCUCUGUCCUGUUAAAUUUCUUACUGGAGCCACUUUGCCGCUUGUUUUUAAGAUUAUCUCUUGAGCGGUAAAUCUGCUAGCCGUGCCUCGAUAGCACACACGGACUCCCCAAGGUGGCAGCCUGGGCCGGAAACAGAACGAGGCCCGGCCGGACACAAGGAAGACUGGCCGAUAGGCAAGGCAGGCACUGCGCUUUGCGGCACCAGCGUGUGUUUGUGUAGGAACUAGCAUGCCGUCUGUAGGGUAAAUAUAAUGCGUUGCACCUUGCGUGUAACAAAAAGACACGCUUUCCAACAGUGCCUCUGCUUCUCAACCAAGUCGAACCCUUGAAGUUCGAGCAUGGCUCUGCGGGAAUUUAGCCACAGACGAGUUAGCUGCACGCUAGCUAGCUAACAGCGGAGUGAACGGAUAUAAACUUUUUACUUGCCGAGAUUUAACCUUAGUUUGGCGGCGUGCCUGAAACAAAUAUGAGCGCCAGGCCCAUCUUAAUUAUGAACGUAUAUAUGCCGUUUUAAUUCGUCUCAUUUGCUGUCGCUUUUUUUAAAGGCCCGUUAAAUGUUUGGGGGGCGACUCUAGCUAGCUAGCAAGCUAGCAGCGUAGCUAAGCCGUUAACUGUUAAAGUUAGCCUGCUUCUUCCCCCCCACGGGCCGCCUCAAAUGAAAGAAUACAAAGUGGUGGUGCUGGGCAGCGGCGGCGUCGGCAAGUCCGCGCUGACCGUUCAGUUUGUCACCGGCACCUUCAUCGAGAAAUACGACCCCACCAUCGAGGACUUCUACAGGAAGGAGAUCGAGGUGGACUCGUCGCCCUCCGUGCUGGAGAUCCUGGACACGGCGGGGACGGAGCAGUUCGCCUCCAUGAGAGACCUGUACAUCAAGAACGGCCAGGGCUUCAUCCUGGUCUACAGCCUGGUCAACCAGCAGUCUUUCCAGGACAUCAGACCCAUGCGAGACCAAAUUGUGCGAGUGAAGCGCUUUGAGAAGGUGCCGCUGAUCCUGGUGGGCAACAAAGUGGACCUGGAGUCAGAGCGCGAGGUCGCCGGGUCGGACGGUCGAGCCCUGGCUCAGGAGUGGGGCUGCCCCUUUAUCGAAACCUCUGCCAAGAGCAAGACCAUGGUGGACGAGCUGUUUGCGGAGAUCGUACGGCAGAUGAACUAUUCCACGCUGCCGGAGAAGCAGGAGCAGUGCUGCACGGCCUGUGUGGUGCAGUGAAUAAGAGAUGCAGUGUUUGUUUGUUUUGGAUCACCACAGCAUUUUUUUUGGAUGGAGCAAGGGGCCACCAGACUUGCCUGCCUGCCGCGCUCCCCGCCAACGUUUCUGUCCGAAGGGUUCCUGACCGUCUUAACACGAGAGCGUCUGACAGACAAGAUGUCAGUCCUAUUUUUGAUAUCCUAACUCUUUAGAAGAUGUUUCCGCUGCAACUUUAAAAGCCUUUUUUGUGACGUGAAGUGGAAGAGUUGGCGUCGUGGACGACAGACUUGGGCAGCCAUCUUUGAAUUUCAUUCUUUUUCCCUCCUUUUAGUCAGAAACACCCCUCAAGUGUAAUAAACCAGAGUGUUUGUGAGGUAGCGGCCUCCUUUUUUAAGAUGCUUUAAUCAGCGUUCUAAACUCUAUGACUUGUAUUAUGUCGCAGUUUUGACAAAGUAUUUCAUAUUAUGGAAAUUAAUUUGAAGCAUGCAUGCUUUUAAGUUGCUCAUGAGCCGCUGUUCCGCUGCGCUGCAAGUACGCCGUUCCUUCUAUUUUUAGAAUUUUGUCUAGACAUCUGAACGCUGAAUUUUUAAAAUUUUUUAGCUUCAGGAAAUGUUGACAGGAAGUUUGACUGCGUGGAGCAAAGUAGCCUGCCGGAGGCCGUCUUUACACCUUCACGUUUGCACGCCUGGAUCCCAUCAAGCAUCAGAUGCUGUGCACAUCAAGCCAGGCGGUCUUCCACUUUCAGUUUACUCCUGACAUCUUUGACUGGGGAGGGGGCGACUAAAGGAAGCGCACAGUUCCCCAUGCGUAUUUGUUUGCCGACUACACGAGCCGUGUUGCUUUAAAGAUGCUGAUUGUUGUUGGUGAAUAAGUCCAGCUGCAAAAGUACAGCAGAUUUAACAUCGCUUUGAUUGCUUGUUUGUUUUUUGUUUUUUUAAAUAGUAACAUAUUUAUUACAGACUAAUGACGUGAGUAUCCAGUUUUAAACAUUUCAUUUUAUACUAGUUUACUGCUUUUGUGACUUGAGGCUACAUGAUAUAUUGUUUUUGGGGUUUUUAUGUUUUGUUUUUUUUUUUAAGCUGAGAAUUUAACAGAGCCUUAAAAUAAUUUCUGGUGCA